AGGAAGGGACAAAUAUAUCAUCUAUCCCCAUCUUGAUCGAGAUUCUCUCGGGAAGAUGAGGAUGGAAAGUGACGGUAGAAAAGAACAGAGAUAAACGAGCAGCGAGCCAGCGACGGAAGAAAAGGAAAAGAGAUUGUGAGAUCUUCGCCGGCGCGGCCCUGUACCUCGUCUUCGCUGUCCAUUGUCUCUUUCAUCAUCGGCUCACUUCAGAUUUGCUCUCACUCCCUCUCAGUUCUCAGAUUUUGCUUUAAUUUUCAGGGCCGGGAAGUCCGGAAGGAAUUGGUAAAGAGAGACAGACACUAGGGGUACAAAGACACGUAUAGAUGAUGGAAGCACAAAUAGAUCACCCAUACAUUCCCAAAGAUCUAAAGUUGCCCGGUUUUGUGCCUUGUUUCCUCUCACAAUUAGACAUUGUUGGUGUGUAUGGAGUUGCUUCUCUACUGGUUUUCACAGUCAUGUGGACCUUAUCUGGGCGGUUCCCCAAACUGUCAAAGGGAGACAGGUUGCUCAUGUGCUGGUGGAGUUUCACAGGCCUUACUCACAUGUUUCUUGAGGGUUACUUUGUCUUUUCUCCGGACUUCUACAAGAAAAAAACUCCCAUCUACUUGGCAGAAGUUUGGAAAGAGUACAGCAAGGGUGACUCUAGGUAUGCUGCACGCGAUUCUACUGUUGUUUCUGUUGAAGGAAUCACAGCAGUGUUAGAGGGACCAGCAUGUCUUCUUGCUGUGUAUGCAAUAGCUACAAGGAAGGCAUACAGGUAUAUACUCCAGGUGGCCAUUUCUUUGGGUCAGCUCUAUGGUACAGCUGUGUAUUUCAUAACAGCAAUCUUGGAGGGUGACAAUUUUGCUGCAAGCCCGUAUCAUUACUUCUGGUACUAUGUGUUUGCAAAUUCCUUCUGGGUCUGGAUACCCACAAUCAUUAUUGUCCGUUGUUGGAAGAAAAUUACUUCUGCAGUUCAUUCACAAGACCAGAUAAAGACCAAGACUCGCUGAGUAUAUCAACAUGCACCUGCUUUUUACCCGCCCUUGGAUUAACGUUCAUUACGUUCAUUUGGGUUUUGUGGGAACAAAAUGAACAAUUCAAUUUAAUUUAUACUGCUUGCUGUAACACAUUUCUUUAUAGUUUAUAGAUUUAUCCAAAUUUUGUCUGAACAAGUGUCUGCUCGAGAUAUUUACAAGGAUUCCCUUGUUGCACCUCAUCUAAUUCUUAGGGCACCUAAAUUUUCG